UCAUUUGGAAACUCACAAAGGGCCUAAAACCCUAAAGCCCUAAAAUUUUGGCUUCUAUAUAUAUAGGAAGAAUCUUCAUAGUCAAUUCGCAACAAAAUCUAUUCUGGAGACUAGAACUCAAAUUAGUAUUGCUUAUAAACUUGCAAUGGAAACGAUAAUACUUCAUGAAGUUAGCAAAGAUAUGCCUGCGACUUGUUGUAUCUGUUUCGACCAUGACUUGGAAGCUGAGCAGAUGUUUUCUGUUUAUUUAUGCCGUCAUCAAUUCUGUGUGGAGUGCGUGAAACGAUAUAUAGAAGUAAAGCUACUCGAGGGAGGUGUACUAAGAUGUCCUCAUUAUCAAUGCGAGUCUAAGCUAACUCUUAGAAGUUGUGACAAUAUUUUGACACAUAAACAAAGAGACAUGUGGGAACGAAGGAAUAGAGAAGAAUCAGUUCCUGUGACGGACAGAGUUUACUGCCCAAAUCCAAGGUGCUCGGCUUUAAUGUCGAAAGCCGAACUCUCCAAAUCAAUUAAAGAAGCUGGAGUUAAGAGACGUUGCGUCAAAUGCUCUCAACCUUUCUGCAUGAACUGCAAAGUGUUGUGGCAUAAUAACUUGUUGUGCGACGAUUAUAUGAGAUGGCAUCUUACGGAAGAUGAUAUGAUGCUAAAAAAUCUAGCAAAUCAUAAUAUGUGGCGUCAAUGUGUAAAUUGCCAACAGAUGAUCGAACGUUCAGAAGGAUGCAUCCAUGUAACUUGCUGGUGCGGCUAUUCGUUUUGCUACACAUGUGGAGAAGAGUGGAAGCAUGGAGGUUGCACUCAUCGAAGAAAUAUGAUUGCGGAAGAUUGUGCAGUGUGUACAUGUUGUAGUCUAGCCGGCUUAGGCUUUUUUGCCACUUUAAUGACCCUUUGUACAUGUCUUUUUCCCUAGAAUAAUAAAACAAUGUUGAUUACUCAUGUUGCUUA